AUGCGAGUCCUGUGUGUGGCAGAGAAGCCUUCCAUCGCAAAAUCCAUAACUCAAAUCCUCUCUGGAGGACAAUUCACAACCAGAAGCACAGGAUGCCCGUAUAUCAAGGACUAUGACUUCAACUAUCCACAAACCAACUCAUUGUUUACCAUCACUGCCGUGACUGGUCAUUUAUUAGACUACGACUUCAGUCUCGCUUAUUCUAAAUGGUCAUCUUGUGAUCCGUUCCAACUGUUUGAAGCUCCCAUAGAAACCUCUGUCAAGAAAGACUCCAAGGCUAUCGCACAGAAUUUGACGAAUGAAGCCAAACGCGCCCAGACUUUAAUGAUCUGGACGGAUUGUGAUAGGGAAGGAGAGAAUAUUGGCUCAGAGAUAGCACAAAUUUGCCGGAGGGCCCAGCGCAACAUCACGAUUAAACGCGCGCGCUUUAGUGCAAUCAUCCCCCAACAGAUACACAAUGCCGCUCAGCAUCCUGUGAAUUUGAACAUGGCACAAGCAAAUGCAGUAGAGGCGCGCAUUCAUCUGGAUCUUAGAGUGGGCUCAGCUUUCACCCGCCUGCAGACACUCAACCUACAACGGCGAUUUGAAAAUCUCAAAGACGAUAUUAUCUCGUAUGGUCCUUGUCAGUUCCCUACCCUAGGAUUCGUUGUCUCCAGAUACAACCAGGUCAAGUCGUUCGUCCCAGAAACGUUCUGGUACAUUUUUCUAUCACUUACAACACAAUCUCCUACGGGCGAUGAGGAAACAGUGUUCAAUUGGAAACGAGGCCAUCUGUUUGAGUUCGAUAUCGCCAUGAUUUUGUACGAGGAUGUGUUGGCUGCACCAGUGGCCCGCGUGACUCGGGUUAUCACGAAAGAUACCAAGAAAUGGAAACCGCUUCCGCUGACAACUGUAGAGCUGCAAAAGAAGGGCUCUAGACUUUUGCGGAUAUCUCCUAAACAAAUACUGGAUAUCGCAGAGCGUUUGUAUCAACAAGGGAUCCUUUCAUACCCUCGCACGGAAACAGACCAAUAUGAUCCCCAAUUCGAUUUUAUGACCCUUGUGGGGAAGCAGACGGUAGAUCCCGUCUGGGGUACUUUCGCCUCUAGACUCCAGAACGGCCAAUUCGGCAGGCCAAGAGGAGGUCAGAAGAAUGACAAGGCGCAUCCUCCUAUACAUCCGACCGCAUAUGCAGGCAAUCUUGCGGGAGACGACAAGAGGGUGUAUGAGUACAUCACCCGCCGAUUCCUCGCAUGCUGUUCGAAGGAUGCGCUCGGCUGGGAGACAACGGUGACUGUGAUUUAUGGAGAGGAGGAAUUCACUGCGAAAGGUUUGACCGUUAGAGAACGGAACUACCUCGAAGUAUAUCCCUACGAUAAAUGGUCUGACAAGGAACUGCCUCACUUUGAGGAAGGUCAGGCGUUCGUGCCGACUGUGUGCGAGCUGAGAGAAGGACAAACGACGAAGCCGAACUUACUCACCGAAGCUGACCUGGUUACCAUGAUGGAUAAGAACGGUAUUGGUACGGACGCAACAAUCGCGCAACACAUUCAAACUAUCGUCGACCGUAACUAUGUCAUUGAGCGCAUGCAUGGCACUACAAAGUAUCUUGUUCCAUCUACUCUUGGAAUUGGCCUGGUGGAGGGUUAUGAUGCUAUAGGGUUCGAGAGGAGUAUGAGUCGACCGCAGCUACGUCGAGAGACCGAGCGACGAAUUGUGGGCAUAUGUGAGGGCACUAUGUCCAAAAUGGAGGUUCUCAAUGAGAGUAUUGAGCAGUACAAGGAAAUGUACAUGAGAACCAAGCAUCAAUUCAACAGACUCGUUACUUGUGUAGGUGACCGUUUACAAGGUAACGCCGAUGCCGCCAACGCGAAUAUCGACGAUGACGAUGAUCCCAAUGAUGGCAUGGGCGGCGCAGGUGGGGCGGGUCGAGGAGCAAGGGGAGGUCGAGGAGCAAGAGGCGGUAGGGGCGGAAGAGGAGGAAGGGGUGGGAGAGGUGGGAGAGGUGGUGUGCCAAAUGCCGGUCGAGCAGAUAACGACAGCGACGACAAUUUUGAUGGAGGUGCUCCACCAGUACGAAGAGAACGAGGUGCUCGUGGCGCUUCUCGUGUCAGUGCUGCUACUGGGAGAGCGUCGUCAUCUCGACGGGGUCGGGUCGGGCGCGGAGCCACUGGUACAAGCGCGAGCGCAAGUUCAUCUAUGGUUGUACACCAGCCACCGCCUGCAGAUGGGGAUUCGGAUGAAUACUGGAACGAUCCUCCUGAAGUUCUGCCUGUAGCGUCUAUCCCAGCGCGCAUUCCACCCAGGGCGCCACUGCUCCCUCCAUCACCGCCGAUCCAUUCGUUUGCAUCGCGGCGAGCAAGCUUGUCGUCAUUGGCUCCCAAUUGUCAGUGCGGGGUUGUUGCUCAAGAACGACCCGUCAUGAAGGAAGGCUCUAACAAGGGCCGCAUGUUCUGGACCUGUGACACCAGAACUUGUGAUUUCUUCCAAUGGUCAGAGGAGCCAUCGUCACUCGCAGGCCCCUCAAAUUCAGGUUCUCGGACAUCUAGCUCGACCAUUCCGGCGAAACGACCACUGAAUGAUGCAGAGAGACGUCGAUGCACUUGUGGGAUGACUGCGGUCAUCAGGGAGACAACCACUGGGGCCAACAAGGGCAGAAAGUACUGGAAGAAGGUAACGUUCCAGUGGCAAACCAAGGGUGGGACGGCGGGACUUGCCGCAAGAUCGACACUGGAGCGGCGGAAGGCUCUACAUCAGGAGAAUGUUUCAAGUGCGGCCAGAAGGGACACUGGGCAAACUGUAAGAUUUUAA